UUCGUCACUUUAUUUUGAAGGGCAGAAACAGAAGAGGUAAUCUCCGGUCGCGCAUGCGCAGAUUCUCCAACAGUCAGCUAGCAGCAAACUAGCGGUGUUAGCUUUGCUGCGGCGUAGAAACACGUUUUUCCUCUCAGAAAAUCUCCAAGGUGAAAUGUUUCGUAGAAAACUGACUGCUCUGGAUUAUCACGACCCCGACAGAUUUGAUUGUUCGGCUGCAUCUACAGAUGAGACUCAGUUCAGGAACUGCAUCGUGUGGCUGGAAGACCAGAAGAUCCGACACUACAAGAUAGAGGACCGAGGUAACCUGAGGAACAUCCCGAGCUCGGACUGGCCCAAAGCCUUCCACCAGUAUCUGCAGGAUCUGAACUGCCCGUUUGGUUCCGAGGAGAGGAAAGAAGCCGUAGACUGGUUACUGGGCCUGGCAGUGCGCUACGAGUACGGAGAUAAUGUUGAUAAGUACAAGAACUGUCAGCCGCUGGCGUCCGGGAACAGCGAGAAAGCGGUGGAUCCUCUCGUCAACCUCGACAGCAACUCUCCAGAUUUCAAAGCAGGAGUUACGGCUCUGGCCAACAUCCUGAAGAUCCAGCGACACGACGAUUACCUGGUCAUGCUCAAGGCCAUUCGUAUUCUGAUCCAGGAGCGAUUGUCUCCGGAGGCGAUCACCAAAGCCAACCAGAGUAAAGAGGGCGUUCCGGUCUCCUUAGAAAAGCACAUCCUGGGUUUCGACACUGGAGACGCCACGCUGAACGAGGCGGCGCAGAUUCUGCGGCUGCUGCACAUCGAGGAGCUGCGCGAGCUGCAGACGAAGAUCAAUGAGGCCAUCGUCGCUGUGCAGGCCAUCAUCGCCGACCCCAAGACAGACCACCGGCUGGGGAAGGUCGGCAGAUGAGAGGCGGCGAGGAAAGAAUAGAAACGAGUUUUUGUUGCCAUAAAGGAGGACUUUUUUUGUUGGUUUUUUUUGUUUUUGUUUUUCGCAUGAGAUGAAGCAAAACUUCAGUUUAUUAAAAACUGAUCUCUGCAGAGGCUGGAGUUGGAACCCGUCCUGCCGUCGUGUCUUCCUCUCACACACGUUUGUGUUUUUUUUUUUUUGCUUUCUGCAGAAAAAAGCUGAAAUAAACGGUUAUGAAGCAAAUGUU